CUCGGACUUUCACCACAGCCGUCCUUCUAUCAACGUUUGUCCGUCCUUGCUGUCUCACCAUCAUGAAGUACUUUUCUACCUUUCUGCUCGCGGUUCCCGCUCUAGCAUCUCCAUAUCCCUACCUCGACGAGCGUCAAGCCGCAGCAUCCUGCGGUCUACCAGCAGGUUACACCCCCUCAACAACAGAAGCCAAACUCCCAGACCCAUUCACGUUCCUCAAUGGCACAAAGAUCACCAGCAAAUCCCAAUGGCCGUGCCGCCAACAAGAGAUCAGCGCUCUGAUGCAAAAGUACGAGCUCGGUGAUUUACCUCCCAAGCCCGAGAAAGUAACAGCAACAUUUUCCGGCGGCGCACUUAAAGUGACCAUCACAGACGGCGGUAAAUCCAUCACGAUGAACGCUAAGAUCACAACUCCAUCUGGUGGGAAGGCUCCAUACCCAGCUAUCAUCGCUAUCGGCGGAUCGAGCAUCCCCGUCCCAGCAGGCGUGGCAACCAUCAACUUCGAGAACGACAACAUGGCCGCCCAGCAGAACAGUGGCAGUCAUGGCACGGGACUCUUCUUCAACUUGUACGGCAAAAGUCACAGCGCAGGCGCCCUCAUCGCUUGGGCAUGGGGAGUGAGUCGUCUGAUCGACGGGCUGGAGUUAACUCCCUCGGCAAACAUCGACACCACCCGCCUCGGCGUGACAGGGUGUUCGCGAAACGGCAAAGGCGCAUUCAUAGUCGGCGCAUUUGAGCCACGCAUCGCGCUCACUAUCCCGCAGGAAUCCGGCUCCGGCGGAGCAGCAUGCUGGCGGAUCUCCGACUCGGAAAAGAAAGCUGGGAGGAACAUCCAGACGGCCUCGCAGAUCGUAGGCGAGAACGCGUGGUUCUCGCCGAACUUCAAUAGUUGGACUUCCAAAGUCACGCAGCUCCCGUUCGAUCACCAUAUGCUUGCUGCUCUUACCGUUCCCAGAGGGCUAUUCCCCUUGGAGAAUGAUAUCGAUUGGCUUGGUCCGGUGAGCACGACGGGGUGUAUGGAGGUUGGGCAGACGAUUUAUAAGGCUUGGGGGGUGCCGGAGAGCUUUGGGUUCUCGCUUGUGGGGGGGCAUAGUCAUUGCCAGUUUCCGAGUAGUCAGCAGUCGGACUUGACGGCAUUUAUGCAGAGGUUUUUGUUGGGGAGUGCGGCGAAUCCGCCGGUUGUGGCGAAGAGUAGUUCGAAUGUUAAUUUGGCGAGUUGGUAUUCGUGGAGCGUGCCGGCUUUGACUUAGGAGGGUGGAGGGUGGAGAGAUUGUGUGAGAGGGGAGAUGUAAAUAGCUGGUUGGUGGAGAUCAGAACAUGUGGAUAUUGAGAGAGAAGGUGGGAAGGUAGUGGUUGGAAUUCUGUACAUAAGUUGUCCUUCUUUCUUUGUCCCGUGUUGGAACUCUUACUCUCGUUAAAGGUCAUCCUCAAUGUUGACUUCUCGCUUAAUUUCUUGUGGUGAAGUCUUCUGCUCAGAAACAAUGCCAAUGUCUUUGAAAAUCGAACUGAUUCCGACCCAGCACAUGAAGGAUUG